AUGAUAGACAAAGGCUUCAGGAUAUACAACGUCGAUGGUGUUCUCGUGAACGAGAUUCCACUUGCAACUCGAGACAUCUAUGGCGCGGACAGAAUGAUGUACCAUCGUCAAGAUCUGCACGACUGUCUCAAAGAAGCAGCAAGGUCGACGGAAAGGGAUGGACCGCCUGUCACCAUCAAGACGUCAAGCCGAGUAUUGUCUUGUGAUUGCAAGGCCGGCACCAUCAAGCUCAAGAGCGGAGAAGAGAUUUGUGCUGAUCUCAUCAUCGGCGCAGACGGCAUUCACAGCACGAUUAGAAGCCAUGUCCUGGACGAGAGGGUCUCUCCAGUGCGUACUGGACUCUCCGCCUAUCGUAUGAUGAUCUCAUCGGAUCUUUUGGAGGAGCGAGCAUUGGAUUUCUGCCGCAACAUCAACCCAAGAGAGGCGUACACAUCAAUGCUCGUGGCACACCAAUGUCGUCUGAUAAUGGGACCAGCGAGGGAAGGCUCACUUUACAGCAUCGUGGGCCUUGUACCGGAUGAGAUGAUGCACGAACCAAUGGACGAAAGACAGUCAUGGAGAUCUCAAGGAGACCUGUCGAAGUUACUCGAAACAUACAAAGACUUUCCAGAGUGGGUGAAGGCACCCUUCAAGCUCGCAGAAGACAUUGGUCUGUGGCAAUUGCGUGACAUUCCUCCUCUUCAAACUUGGACUAAGGGACGAGUGAUUUUGAUUGGUGAUGCUGCUCAUGCAAUGCUUCCGACUCAAGGACAAGGCGCUAGUCAGGCGAUUGAGGACGCCGAGGCUCUGGGUGCAUUCUUUGAGGGAAGCACAGGAACACCAUCAGCUGAGAAGAUUGAGAGUAUACUACAACAGGUGUUUCGUUGUCGAUAUGAGAGAGCGAGCUUGAUACAGCGGUACAGUCGAGAUGCUGCCAAGCCCGCCACCGAAAAGGGUAGCAGUGAGGUUAAAAUGCGUCCGGACGAGUUUAUGGAGUACAACUGUUCGUAUAAGGGAGCCAAGGAUUGGGAGGGUCAAAUGUCAGAGUUGACAAAAGUUUGA